CACAGCAUGGACAUCUUCACCCACUACGACCUGCUGUCGUCCAAUGGGACCAAGGUGGCUGAGGGACACAAGGCCUCCUUCUGUCUGGAGGACACCGCGUGUCCCGAGGAGGUAUGGAGUGUGCUAAUCUCAGAGAGGCAGGGCAUCACCGUGGGGUGUUGGGACCUGUAUCGCCAUGACAUCGACUGCCAGUGGAUCGACAUCACCGACAUCAAACCAGGAAACUACAUCCUACAGGUGGACUACCAUUUUUAA